AUGAGCCACCGUGAGAACGCCAACGACGCCCGCCAGAACGAUGGCCCCCUUGGUAUCAGUGGCCACAUUGCCCGCUGGUGGUCACGCUCCCGAUGGACCACGCCCGCCUUCCCCAAGUCCUCUGAAACCGACAUGCAGGUCCUCCGUAAUGCUUUUAGCUUCGCUUCAAUACUCAUGCAAGUUAAUAGUGGCAAUCGAGCCCCGCCCCGAGAGGCUCCUCACAUGAGGAAUUAUUUCUACGUGGGAGGAGAGUACGUCCAGACGAGCCAUGGGUCAUUUUUCCACAAUCAGAUGUAUGUGGAGAAACUCUCACCAACCUCUGCCUGUGUGCAACCCUAUCCGGUCGUCUUCGUCCACGGUGGAGGUCAAAGUGGCACGAACUUUCUCAAUAAACCCGAUGGUAGUCCAGGAUGGGCAGCGUGGUUUCUCCGCCGUGGAUAUGUAGUCUAUAUUCUCGACCGGACGAACACCGCUCGGUCUCCCUUGUUUCCGGCGGAUGAAUUGAGCCAGACUGCGCUCUCAGCGGAGUUUAUCGCUCAGCGAUUUACCGCCGUUAAAAAGCAUCCGUUGUGGCCGCAAGCAAAAUUACACACCCAAUGGCCCGGCACGGGUGAAAAGGGCGAUCCAAUCUUCGAUGCAUAUUACUUGAGCAACGUCCAAUCGAUCUCCGACAGCCAACGACAGGAAGAAACCAUGAAAGCCGCCGGAGAGCAAUUGCUGGAUCGCAUCGGGCCCGCGGUGGUCAUCACACAUUCGCAGGGUGGACUUUACGGCUGGUCAUGGGCCGACAGUCGACCGGAUCUCGUCAAGGCGCUGAUUCAGAUAGAGCCGAAAGGUCCACCGUUUCAGGAGGUCAUCUUUUCCCACGACUUCAGUCGGCCUUGGGGAUUAACCUCUAUUCCUCUGACGUAUGAUCCUCCACCGACAGAUAUGACCUCUCCUCUAUCCAUGCAAACGGUUCCGGCCAACUCAUCAGAUGUACUGCCUUGCAUCAUACAACAGGAGCCAGCGAGGAAACUAGUCAAUCUCGCCAAGGUUCCUAUAUUGAUUGAUACAGGGGAGGCAUCGUAUCAUGCGCAGUAUGAUUAUUGUUUCAUUCAAUUCCUCCGACAGGCAGGGGUUGCCGUCGAGCAUCUUGAUCUCUGUAAGGUGGGUAUCCAUGGGAACGCACAUUUGCAGUUUCUGGAGAAAAACAGCGACGAAAUUGCCCAGGUACUGCAUCAAUGGAUUAUGAAGAAGGUGGGAGGUAAGCUUUGA